AUGUUCUGGACCGAAAUGACGUUGAAGAGGGCCAAGCGGCAUGCGUGCGGAGGGGAGGGGGGGCGGAUUCACUGGGGCCGCUGGGGCAUUGGUCUUGUCUCAUGCUCGAUGCGUCCCCGAUCUGCCUAUGCCGUCGAGGAGGAAGCGCGGCCAACCCAGCCCAACACAUCCCGGCGCUCCCAAAAAACACCAAAGAGGUCGAGAUGGUACUCGCACCACGGACUUGCGAUCACUGGUGCCGCCAAUGCAGGCAUGACGCAGCAUUACUCUAUUCCUGCAACUAAACAAGCUUCUUAUGCCAACUAUUCCUAUCCUUGCAACCUGCAGAACGCCUAG